UAAAGGUGUGGUUUGUUAACCUUGAUGCCGUUCGGGUUGUGGUCCAAAUCCAGCUCUGGUGUCUCUUCGGCAUCCUCUUCAAGCGGCUCCCAACAUCACCACCGACACCAUACAUCGAAAACGCAUCGACAUGAACGGUCAAAGAGCUACUCUGCUGCCUCUGCAUCCAGUUCAGAAGAAGCUGCCGGAAAGGUUAAGACUGUAGUUGAGAGCAGUGAGCAUGAGGGUGCCGAAGACGAUGCAGUCCUAGCCAGAAUUGAUCCAAAGGCCAAGGCCGGAAGCACAUUAGUUGACUCAGACUCGGACGGAUGCUAUGAGAAGGAGUACCUCGACUCAUUGAAGCACAAGUCCAAUCGCGCCAGCUAUGUGGGUGGCGCGGCGACAGGUGUAGCAGCUGCAGUUGGAACAUUCGUGGUAUUUGCAUCACCUCUGGCCGUAGCCGGAGCUGCUGCUGUUGGCGCUGGUGGAGCAUGGAAGUUGCUUCGAGACAAGGGGAAACGAGAAGUCAAAGCGGCAGAAGGCACUAUGAAGUCAGGGGAUCAUUCGGCUGAUGUUACGCAGACCAUGUUGGGGGCCUCUGGCACCGACUUGCCCUCCAAGAGUUACUUCACGAUUUCUGGGAAAUCAGCGACCGAGCUCGAUGAGUUUCUCGCUGGUGGAAAACCUAGUCUAAAGAGGCUUAAAUUUCUCGUGUCAUGGGCACGGCUGCAAGUGGAGGACUCCUUGCCAAGCAUGGAGAUGGCUCUUAACUCUGGAGACAGUGCACGGAUAAGCGCACAGUGUACUAAAUUAAUGACAGCUUUGGAUGAAGUGAUAGGAUCAUUCUCUCCAUGGGUACAGCAACAAUAUGUCGCGAGAGCAGAGAAGGAUAAGGGUAAAAGACAUCGUGAAUUUACGUUGAUCUGCCUUCAUGUGAGCCCAUUGUACAAGUUCUUAGCACAUGACUCGGUGAAUAAGGCCUUCCUUUUUUGCAAUACAGAGUUUUUGCAGCAGUGGGAAAAUGACGAAGUUAGCACUGAAUUGAUGAUUCAGAGGUGCCGCUCGACGUUCCCUACCAUAGUCGAGACUGUUGGUCUCAUUCGAAGUCACCCUAGUAAACGAGGUCGUGCUGAUUCGGACCUUAUGACUCGUUCAGAGCAGGGCGAACAUAGGAUAACCGCAACGGUUUUCUGGAUAUCACAAUUCUUGCGGAGAUCUGAUGUCCAAGAGUUCAUGUCGAGUGCAAUGAUGAGUGGCAGCCGCGUUCUCUCACCCAGAGGACAUGCUAAGAGCGGAGGCUCAGUCGCGAAGAUAUCGAGCUCGCCACUGGUCGAGCAGUCCGGGAUCAGUCAGAAGGUAGCUGAUACUAAAAUGGAGCCUAAGGCACCAGAAGGCUCUGAAGAAGAUGAGGAUGGGUCCCCUACUAUAGAAUUCCCGCCCAUUGGCGCAGAGUUAGAGAUGGACGAGGAUGAGUUUUACUCAGCCUCUGAGGGUGAGUGUUCUGAUAAUGAGGACAAUAAGGCUCUUACGAGUAGUAAAGUUCUGCGGAAAAGACUAGAGAGAGUCGAAAGACGGCCGCCAAGUGGUCUGGGGUUGGAAGUGUAUGGUGCGGUUACUAGGGACUCGGUCAUGAACGAUAAAUUUCGUCCAAUUCUUAGCACAGACGAGGAUGCGAUAAAUACCUGGAACGAGUUGGACUGUACGAAGUUUAAGGUUAGAGGCCACACAUAUCUCAGUGAUAAAGUGAAACAUCCUAGCGAGCCUGCACUAAUGCAAACUGUGGCUUUCGAGUUGUUCUUCUGCGACGACGAAGAGGUGUUCUGCUGUUCGACAGAGCCACACUGCAAGGCCUACUGGCUGCAACGGGAUCAUCCAGAUCGUUUUUUCUUCACGGUCACCUGGCGUAUGGCACCGUUUUACUGCACGAACACCUUCAUGGUCGAUAAGGAUGCUCCCUGGCUCCAAGCUGAUACAGAGACAUCCUAUGGGGUCUUGAUGCGGCGGUUUUUGGAGAUGGACGACGAGGAUCGUAAUGGGCGAGUUAAAGUCAUACCUGCUGUUGCUGAGGGACCAUGGAUUGUUAAAAAGGCGGUUGGGCAGACUCCAGCGAUUAUCGGUCGGAAGCUCACAACGACCCAUUUUACUGGCGACAACUACGUUGAAGUCUCAGUGGAUGUUUUUUCAAGUGCUGCUGCACGGCAUAUGAUGUCACUGGUCGUCGGUGCUGCGAAGAAGUUAGUCAUCGAUGUUGGGCUCGUGCUGGAGGGCCAUUCGGAAGGUCUCACAUUCCACAUGUCUGAAUCGUCUCCCGUAGCUGACAUGCAUGACGCCCCUCAUGAAGGGGAGGAACCGACAGCCCCUGCAAUCAUCACGCAUGUUGAAGGUGUUUUCACGACCGAGUUGCCCGAGGAAUAUCAUAUCCCUGAGGACCCUAUCGUUUUGGAAGCCAAUCUUUCCCGUUCUGGUCUAUCGGCCAUGCUUAAUGAUCUGCUUUCAUUACAAGAGCCGGCAGUCUUUGACUUCAUCAUCAACGGACACUUCUUGCGAACCAGCCUCGCAGAUUUCUACACCCAAUAUGGCCUUUCUAGUGAAGUUGCAUGCAACAUAGAAUAUGUGCUGGCGAUGCCCGAGCCAGAGACGGCUGAAGUCACUCAAGAGGAAGAGUGGCUUUCAUGCAUUGAAGUCAUCGAGGGUACAGACUCAGAGUUCUAUGCUACUGGCUCGAUGAAAGGUUCUUGGGGCCUUUACACAUCUGAGGGUCAUCGCAAGCUCUUCGGACAGCGCGAUUCGGACAUGUCUGUAUUGGCGCUCGCUGGACGUGAGCACAUCGUAGCCACCGGUAGUCGUGAUGGGCUAGUCCGGUUCUAUGCCAUUGGUGAGGAUAGCAAGUCUGCGGAGCUCAUGUCGAGUGCUAACAAUGGAAUAAAGGGAGGGGUCGCGGCGGUGACAGCUCUUACAAUCUCUUCUGAUGGGAGCAUGGUCAUUACUGGUGAUGCUGGUGGACUCCUUGCAUUGUACAAUGUUCCCACUGGUGAGAUCGAUUGGAUCAGGAGUCAUCCCGGGACGUAUCUGGUCCGCGAGCGGUCUUUGCCGAUCAUCACAUGGAGGGCUGCGGUACUGGUGAGGGUCGACGCGGAAACUGUGAUGUCGGCGUCCCUGGACAACACUCUUGCCCUAUGGGACAUUUUGGCCGUCAAACGCAAUGCAGUUCUCCCCUGUGGAAGGGCGGCAACCGCUCUGGCGAUCUCAGCAAAUAGACUAGGAGUAUGCACAGGCCACGACGACGGUCGUGUUGCUUACUGGGAUCUGCGCUCUUCGAAGAAUGAGCUCGAACUCGUUCAACAGUACAGGACUCACGAGCGUUCUAUCACAGGGGUGUCGUGGAACCCGACGAGUGACUACCUAGUCGCUACUAGCUCUCUCGAUGGGACUGUUAGACUCUAUGAUUCACGUUCGGCUCGGCUGCCACUCCAAAGAUGUGAUAUGCCCCAAGACAUUGCAGUAACUGGAUGCACAUGGCUUAACGACAAGGUGAUCCUCUCGUCGGGCUCGGAUGGCAAGGUCCGUACUCAUAUGAUCAAUCCAUCACUGUUUACUCAGUGA